UGUCAGAGUGAGCGCUCACUACUUUGCUAGGAUCUUUGUUUACAGAGCACAGAGAUCAACACGUGGAGCAGAGACGCCAUGUAAACUGUGUUUGUGUCUGUGAUGCUUGAGCCUUGGAAUUUGUCUGGACAAGGAGUGAAGAAACAUGGAGCACGAGGGAAAAAACAAACACUCAAAUCUGCUUCAACAGAUCUCGGCACCACUGAUGUUGUGGUGAGUCGAGUACUCGAGGUAACGGACCUGCCAGAGGGGAUUAAACGUCCAGAGGCUGAAAAGCUCUGCAACCAGCUGCCAAUGUGCUGUGCCAAGAUCCAGUGGCUGAAGGAGCCUCAGGGAGGUCGAGGAGGAGGCUGUGGCCCCUGUCCUGGUGUAGGGCCUGCUGGGCGGGGGUGCAAAGGGCGACGGCAACGACCCGGUUCAACUCUACACAGGAGUGGCAGUUUUCCCCAGCACCAUGGCUGCCCAGAGGGCUUCCUUCAAACUUAACAACAGCGGGGCCAGCCUCUUCAAACUGAGGGCCGCCAAAAAGAACUAUGACCUGUGUGUGCUGGAGAGAGCCAGUUCUCAGUGAAAGGAAAAGAGAGGGGGAGGAAAGAAAGAAAGAGACAGAAAGAAAGAAAGAAAGAAAGAGAGACUCUUGGUGGAGCGGUGGAAAGGGAAUGAGGACUGAGGCAGACUGCUCUUAGUGUAUAAUUUAAAAACAAAACAAAAAAAAGGACUUGAGUUAAAUGAUGUGUCAAAUGUAUAAAAGGGGAGAAGGUGUGAAGGUGUGAAUCAUGUCAAAUCAAUCAAAUAUGAUUUUGUUGUUUGUCUUUAUUCAUUGUUUUGGUUUUAUAUAGCAGAAGAGCACACAAGAGACGCGGGCAUUUGUUUCACUGUUACUGUUACUGUAAUGUGUGUUGCCAUGAUACAAAAACACAUGAAAUGAAAACAUUUAGGCCUUUUAUCCUUUACUCCUCCCCUCUUCAUCCCGCUCUCCUCUUUUCUACAUUUGUUUCCUUCUUACUGCCCUCUACCUCACUUCUUCAGUCCUCUCCCCUCUGUCCCACUCCACCCCGACAUCCCAUUGUUGUUGACCGCUGUGCAGAACGUAUCAGAAGAAGUAGAUAAAGUGCACAAUGAUUGCAUAUGUGUACUGUAAAUUUGAUUUAAUCUGUUAUCUUUUGUUUGUUUUUAAAAAUAUAAAAGUCCAGAAAAGAUCU